CCAGUCUGCGUGACACCCCCGACAGCACCGCAACUCUGUCCCACCACUUGGACAACUGUCUCAUCACUUUUUCUUUUUGAGGAUAAAAAUGAAUCUUCUCUGUGCAGACAAAAAACACACUGAGAGAAGCCGAGCACGUCCUUUCUGGUAGGAUUGGCUUCAUAAGUUUCUGCGUAAAAGAGGAAAGAGGGAGAAAGCGGAACUUUCAGGGGGAGCUUCAUUGGCACAGCUAGUGGGGUGCAGRCAGCACGCUGGUUGUGAAAACCAGGAGGUCAGAGCUGCUACUCCUUUUUUUUAUUUUUAUUUUUUUUCUCCCAGCUUUUCGAGUGUGGAUGGUAAGGCAUAACUUUGCCUCUGUGCGCGAGAAAGCAGCCGCUUUCUGGUGAAGGAGAGGUGGGGGGGAUGCGAGCCUCUCCUGCGUGUCGGAUUGUGGAGUGGCAAUGAGGAAAGAGAUUCACCUGCUGGGCUGACAAGUACAAGACCACACACCGCAACAACAGAAUGCGGGAACGGGGUCUUUGGAUUUGCGGAGUAGGUGUUUGGAGUCUACUGCUAUCACUUUGUCUGGCCUCCCUCACACAUGCACACCGGAGCCACACAGUGCAUGUGAAGGCAGGAACAUGUGAAGUAAUUGCUGCCCACCGCUGCUGCAACAAGAACAAGAUUGAGGAGCGAUCUCAGACCGUCAAAUGUUCCUGUUUCCCGGGUCAAGUCGCCGGCACUACUCGGGCGAUGCCCUCCUGCGUCGAUGCCUCCAUUGUAGCCCAAAAGUGGUGGUGUCAGAUGCAGCCGUGUAUGGAAGGCGAGGAGUGUAAGGUUUUACCGGACCUCACGGGAUGGAGCUGCAGCACAGGCAACAAAGUCAAGACCACAAAGGUGACCCGAUAGUCCUUCCCAUCGGAAGUGAAACAGGAGGAACAGGUGGCGAAAGUACUUUCAGCACAAAGAACUUUUUAAGUUUAGAAGAAAAGCACUCUGAUGGAUUUCUAUAAGAAACUGUUGAAUUUUUCUGAGCAUAACCAGGACUCGGUGGCUGAAGAGAUCGAACUCUUAACGCUGCUCGCCAUCAACGCCGAACACUUCUGGCUCUCCUGGCUCUUUUACAGCAGAGGACUGACUACACCACCCACAAUCCUUUAAUGCUCGACAAAAAUUAUGAACGUGAACUAUGACCUGAACAUCAUUAGGUGACAGAAAAAAACAUGACUUCUUUAAAAAACCCAAUACUCUUCAUCUCUCUUUUUGGCCGAGUUGGGCUCCACAUGGACAUGAGGAAGAAAUGAUGUCUGGAUGUUCAGAGAUUUUUAUUUUUAUUUUUAUUUUUUUUGCUUUUAGGUAAAAGUUCUUUAAUGCAAAGAUGAGAACAAAAAGAUGAUCCAGAAUGCUUGCCUCAUGUAGUCUGAGUGACAUAUUUAAACUUACUGUGCCACAUACAAUCUGCUCGCUGUCAAAUGACCUUUUGGAUCUGGAACCGAAUCUCUUCUUUUAUUUCUUUAUUCGUUAAAAAUCCAACACCAUGACCAUAUUUUACCUUGAGUAGUCUGUGGCUCACCACUUGCCAUUUUAAAUGCAGUUUAUCCUUUCUUUUCUCCUAUUAUUUUUUUUUUGGAUAGAAAACAAAAUCCUUUCCGGGGUGAGGUUACACUAAUACAAAGUAUAUGUUAUGGUAUAUUAAAACAUGUAAACGUGUAAAAACUAUGGUCAGUGGAAUCAAAGGGGGCUAAAAACAAAUUGAUGCUCUAUACUGGUUUUAAUAUGUGUUUUUAAAACGCCUGUUAGCAGCUAUUGAGUACAUGUGUCAGUAUUAUAUGAAAUGAAUAAAAUCUUUCAAAUGAAA